GGGUAAAAUAGCCACCGGACCCAUCCCGAUUAGGAAAGAAGGUCUCCGCCGCCGCAGCGGACGGGCCUCGUGCCCAGAGGUUUGCUUGUCUUUUGCGUUUUGCUUCUGUGUUUUUGUUGUUUGUUGUUUGGAGGAAUAAAAGCUGGAAGAAGAAACUGAUUUUUGAGGAAAGAAGUCUGUGUUUAUUCAGCUUGUCUGCUGUCUGUCUACCUGUUUGUUAUCCAAAGACUCCUCGCUCUCGGCCGGCUCCAUGGCUCCUCCUCCCCCCUCCACCUCCCCCGGCCCAAACACCGUCACCACCUCCUCAGGCGUGACGCUCAACAUGACCGCCGCCAUGGCCCGCAGCAGCGGUAUAAGCCUGCGCACCGGUCGACCGAAACGCAAAAAGGCCUCGCGUGCCUGCUUCCACUGCCAAAAAGCCCAUCUCACAUGCGACGAUGCGCGUCCCUGCCAGCGCUGCGUCAAGCGCGGGCUCUCAGACACCUGCCACGACGGCGUGCGCAAGAAAGCAAAGUACCUGAGCGACGCGCCGGACAAACCGCCUGCAAAGACCACCGACGCUUCCACCACCCCCGCCCCCACUUCCACCACCACCAGCAGAGCUGCCAGGGCGCUCGCGAGCAGUAAUACCAGCAAUACCAGCAGCAACAGUAAUAGCAAAGCCAGCGUGCUCCCCAUGAACGGUACGAUCGACCCUUCCUCUCUCGGCUCCGAUCCGCUGGCAGAAGACUCGCCGGACGCGACCGACAGCAUCUUUUCGAACCUCAACUUGUCCGCCUACGAUUUCGGCUCAAAGACAGCAAACAUGGAAUUCUCAUAUGACCCCCCGCUAAGCGCCUCAAACAUCCUCGGCGCGGCACCAAACUCGUCCUCGUCGAUCUCGUAUGAUUACGGGUUCGCCGACAUGGCUGUCCGCGACUCGAACUGGGCCGCGCGCGGGCUCGCGAGUCUGUUGUCGGGAAACUCGCCGCAAAACAGCGCGAGUCCGCCGACGCCGACCGCGAGCGAGCCGUCGCCGCUGCUGUCGUCGUCGUCGGGAACCGCCGCGCACCGCUCGUCGCUGGGGAACGAGGUCAUGGGGCCGCCUACGGGCACCGCAACCACCUCCUCCUCUUCUUCCUCUGCGCUACCUCCUCAUAUUGCGCCGCGGCGUAGGCGGGAUCCAGAGACGGUGUAUGCGUCUGUGACGCAGCCGUUCUCGUACACGCCGGGGUAUCACGGGAUCAUUGCGUAUCUCAAGAGCCGGUUCGAUCGGCCACAUUUGAUGCGGGUCGCGCGCGCGAUGGCUGCCUUCCGGCCGUCGUUUAUUGCGUGCACAAAGACGCUGAAAGAAGAAGACUUGAUUUUCAUGGAGAAGUGUUUCCAGCGCACGUUGCUCGAGUACGAGAAAUUCAUCUCGUACUCUGGCACGCCGACGAUCGUGUGGCGGCGAACGGGCCAGGUCGCGGCGGUGGGCAAGGAGUUUUGCAUUCUGACGGGGUGGACGAAAGAGCAACUUCUUGGGAAACGCACGUUCAUGGUCGAGUUUAUGGACGAUCACUCGGUGGUCGAGUAUUUUGAAGGUUUCAGCAAGCUCGCGUUCGGGGACUCGCGAGGCGCGACGAUGAUGGAGUGUACGUUGCUCAGUCCGACGGGGCGGAAGAUUCCGACGGCGUGUACGUGGACUAUCAAGCGGGAUGUGUUUGAUAUCCCGAUGAUGAUUGUGGGGAAUUUUCUGCCAAUCUUGAAUUGAAUCGAACUUCUCUGAGCGCCUCUUUGUCGAAUUUGCUUUUUGGAUUGGUUAUUGAUUAACUUACUUGGAAAAGUUGCUAAUGAUGGAUUUUUAUGCUCUUUUUUUUUUCUUACUUCUUUUCUUGUUUGGACGGGGCGUGGGGUUUUCUUUUCUUCCUGAAGCUGUAAUGACUUCGCUUCAAACGAUUUUAUGCUUACUCUCUUAUGUGAAACUUUUGAUAUUAUGUGAUGCUAUGAUACUCCCCAACACUAUCAAACAAAAUG